CUUUUCCCCCAAAGCCCCACUACGUGGAACUCCCCAUAACUCCAGAGCCCAAUGUGGGGGUUGAACAACCUACAGCUUUUCCUCUAAAGCCCCACGACGUGGAACUCACCAUAACUCCAGAGCCCAAUGUGGGGGUUGAAAAUCCUACAGCUUUUCCUCCAAAGCCCAAGGAUGUGGAGCUCCCCAUGACUCCAGAGCCCAAUGUGGGGGUUUACCAACCUACAGCUUUUCCCCAAAAGCCCCACUACGUGGAAUUCCCCAUAACUCCAGAGCCCAAUGUGGGGGUUGAACAUCUUACAGCUCCUCCAAAGCCCCACGACGUGGAAAUCACCAUAACUCCAGAGCCCAAUGUGGGGGUUGAACAUCCUACAGCUCCUCCAAAGCCCCAUGACGUGGAAAUCACCAUAACACCAGAGCCCAAUGUGGGGGUUGAACAACCUACAGCUUUUCCUCUAAAGCCCCACGACGUGGAACUCAUCAUAAAUCCAGAGCCCAAUGUGGGGGUUGAAAAUCCUACAGAUUUUCCUCCAAAGCCCCAGGAUGUGGAACUCCCCAUAACUCCAGAGCCCAAUGUGGGGGUUGAACAACCUAUAGCUUUUCCCCCAAAGCCCCACUAUGUGGAAUUCCCCAUAACUCCAGAGCCCAAUGUGGGGGUUGAACAUCCUACAGCUCCUCCAAAGCCCCACGAUGUGGAAAUCACCAUAACUCCAGAGCCCAAUGUGGGGGUUGAAAAUCCUACAGCUUUUCCCCCAAAGCCCCAUGAG